GGAGUGCUCCUUGUCCAGCACUUCGACUCGUUGGGCUCGAGGGUGGGACUCAGAGCAAUGGCUACGUUUGCCAAGAAGACCUUCGACACCGCAAGAUAUGCGGCUGCGAGACCAACUUACCCCAGGACGCUCUAUGACUUGAUACUCAAGUAUCACGAGGGUGACAAGCGCGCUCGCUGGAACAUGGCUCUUGACCUCGGAUGCGGAACUGGCCAAGCCACGACAGAACUCUCCCAAUUCAAGCGCGUCGUCGGCAUCGACCCCAGCGAGAAGAUGCUGCAAGGCGCGCGCACCCGCGUCGAGUCGCUUUACCCUUCCGGCACGGACCAGUUCCGGUUCGUGCACAGCGCCGCCGAGGACCUCUCGUCCUUCCCAGACAACUCCGUCGACAUGACCGUGUCAGCACAAGCGGCGCACUGGUUCAACUGGUCGAAGCUAUGGCCGGAGCUGGCGCGCGUGAUGAGGCCGGGAGGGACGCUUGCUGUCUGGGGUUACUCUGAAUUCAGGCUGAGCGAGCACCCUUCGGUGACGCCCUUGAUUCACCAGUAUAGUCAAGGAACUGAUCCAGAGAACUCCCUGGGCCCGCACUGGGAACGUCCGGGUCGCACCAUCGUCGAUGAGCACCUACAAGCCAUUCCGAACGGCAAUGAGGUCGUCCCAGGCGCGCUCUCAGACUUCCAGCGCCUUUACUUCACGGGCCCCCACCACCCCACCCUCCCCUCCCCCCGGCCCGUCAUCCUGCGCACCAAGACGACCUGGGACGGCCUCCUCGGCUACCUCCACACCUUCUCCUCCCUGCACACCUUCCACGAGAAGUACCCGCACGACCUCGCGCACCCGGACGGCGACAUCAGCGUGCGCUUUUGGAAGGCGCUGCAGGAGCAGGUUAGGAAGGACAAGGGCGAGGUCGGGGAGCAUGUCAUGGUGGAGUGGCCGCUGGCGUUAAUUGUGGCGAAGUUUGCGUAAGGGAAGAGAGUGUGUAAGCUCACCGGCGACAAAAAGUCGCGGGAGUGCGAUGCAGUACAUGACCUGGCAUUUACCCAUCGCAAUGGCAUCUCGUGUUUUGUCGCGCUUGGCGACCUUUACUUUGCC